GUCGGUGCGGCGACGGUGGGACCAGCAGUGCCUCUCACGAUUCCGUUCUCGCUCUGCCCUCCGUCUCGUCGUGAACGCUGUUCAGGGAGCAGUUCGGAGCCCGAACCCGAGCGCCGCUUACGAACACUGCCUUGAAGGCUGAGAAGAAGGUGGUGGUGAAGUAGUGAGUGGUGGACAAGGACGAGGAAACCGUGCAGUAGUGUAUCGUCUGCGCCGUAGUCGACGCCGAGGAGCCGCGUCCUCCUCCUCGGCAGGACGCCUCCGACUUUGGCUUGUUGCUGACGACACCGCGUUGCGUGUCCGUCAUCGUCGUCGUCGAGGAACGGUCGUCGCCCGCUAACGUAGCGGUUGUGUCACUACUACUGUCCCACUGCCCCACACAUCGCGGCCUCAUGAUUGGUUCAUUCUGGAACCUCUGCCGUGCGUGCCCUUCAAUGCCGAUUGACAAGCAGCUUCAUUCGGAAUAUAGGAGCACGUACACAUGGCACGAGUACACAGGACCGCAUCAGGAGCAUACGGUUGUGCGACGUGCGCCUCAGCCGCCACCGUCGACGAAGCAACCGAGCGCGAAGCUACAAUCGGCCAAGUCAACCGAGGAUGAGAACAGCGAAGGACCGACCUUGGAACCACCGUUACCCAGGCGAAAGAAAUGCCCGGAGCUCGCUUACAGGACACACGAAUUUAUCACGGCGGCGGACGGCGGUGGUAUCGAUGCCGUCGAUUCGAAUGUCGUAGCUGACAAGGAAGUUACGUCGGCACUGCCACCGAGUCAGCUCAGCAAGGCGAUAUCUCGUAUCAGCACCGAAUACCGACUGCAGUUCGCCUGGCCUAGGAGAUCGCAGCUGACGAAUGGCGAGACCCAGGCGCCGAUUCCAGCGGCAGGAGUUCCCGCAGGCACCACGGGUCCACCGAGGAAAUCGCUCAGCAUGGGUGCCCUUAAGCAGGGCAUGGCGCCUAGCGGACCCGCACCGGUUCACAAGAAACGACCCGGCGAUUUCGAUCACAAGCGCGAUGGGGUUCAGGCGUCAGAGCUGGAACCGCUGGUAGGCGGCACCGGAACGGACACGAUCGACGGCGUGGUACCGGAGGGCGACGAGCGCGAGGAGGACUUGUCGGAUUUGAAAAUAGCUUUCAGGGGUAAAAGGUCAGGUAGAACCGUACGGAUAUCGGACAAUAAGGCGCCCGGCAAAGCGCAGCCGAGACCAUUUCCCACGACGGAGGUGCUCGAGCUCCGGCGACUCGCCGACGAGUACAAGCAUCGUGACUGGGGUUGCGGUCUGGCGGCCGAGGACGAGGCUUCACUGUGGAAACGAGUCUCCAAUAACCACGCGCUCAACGCCCUAUCCCUUGCCAGGUCAGUUACGAAGGAGGAGAAGGACAAGGAAAACACGAGGAAAGUCGCGCCAAUCACCAGCAUGAUCGCCACUAUGCCACCGGCGGGUCGACCGUCCUCGGUAUUGACUAGACCGAUUCACGGCAUAUUGCAGGACGAUAAAGCGGAUAAUGAUCGAGCCAUCGCUCGCGCAAGAAAGGAUUUCUUGAUCCGCCACCAUCUCGAUCGUACUACUGGUGUGGGUGACGGUGCACUGCUUCCCUCUCCGACGAGAGAGAAGCUGGAGCCCGUGAUUCCACGACGGCGCGACGAUGCCGCUAAGGAGCAUCGGGACGAGAUUCAACCGCGAACCAAGUCCAGUCCGAAGAACAGUCCUAGAACCGGACGCUCGCAAAGCCUCGGCCCGACUGUCACCGAUCGCAGAUCGCCCAAACGUCAGCCUCCGCGUGCACCGUCUGUCACCAAAGAGGCUAAGGAGAAGGAAAAAGAGACGAAAGAUAAGGACAAGGAACACAGGGAGAAGAGCGGUGAAUCUGAAAGGCAUCCACGACCGACCGCGGCGGGGCCAGGCCAACGUGUCCGUUGGAGCAUACGGGAACCCGCGACUACGGUUUCCCCGGCGACUGGCUUGUCGACGCCGCCUAUACCGCCAUUACCGCCGCCACCCUCGGGCCCUGGGCCUGCUCCACUCCACAGGAGGCCCUCGCAAGCCUCGCAUCGCAAAUCCUUCCUCGCGACCACCGCUCCUCCCCAUCGCCCUCUUCAUCACGCCAAACCCACAACCACCACCACCACCAACACCACUGUCACUACCGCUAACAGUAGCGCAAGUACUACCGCCCCGGUAAAACGUUCCCCGGUAAAGCAUUCAGUUCACACGACCGUCCAUCACCCACCUACGUCGGGCGCUGCCGCUGCGGCCAGGCCGGAGCGCGGCGUUAAAGAUUUAAGCCAAAGGUACCGAGGUGCGAAUGACGAGGCUCAGGCAAAACUGGCCCGCGGGCAUCCAGCAGCUGCGGCUGCAGCCGCCGGCGAUGAUCCAUCAUCCAAAUCAUCCUCCGAUACGCGAUCCGCGUCAAAUCGAGCCGCUACUACCGUCGUCCAAGCUAUGACAGCAGAACCCCAGAUAAACGGAGAUGUCACGGGCGGAGAUUCGAGCGUCGCCUCGACACCGCCGUCGCAGACGGCGCAGGCACCGGCGCCCGCGCCCGUCACGAAGGCAAGCCCGUGGUUCGACGACGAGCCGGUGGUGAAGAGUCCGCCGGAGCCGACCAGGGUAAAGUCGCCGGAGCAGAUGAUCAUGCGCUCGCCGGAACCCGUAAACUGGACGGUGCCCCUCGACACCGGCAAGACGUUCACUGUCACGCAAAACGUCCGAGAGGAGCCCUUAACGCGUCCGCAUAGCGAGGCGAAAACGUGGGCACCGUCGUCGGUGCCGUCGGCGCCGCAGUCGGCGCCGCCGGAGCUCGCGGCUCAACACAAGUCGCAGCACUCCCAGCACUCCGGUUACAAGUCUCCCGAGAGCGAGAGCGUCUCGCUCGGCAGUUUUAGCGGUAUAAACGGCCACAAGGACCUGGACUCGGAGAGAGACAGUCCGUUACCCACGCACGCUCAAGAGACGCUCACAAAGAGCGAGAAGGAGAUCACUGACACUGUCGAGGAGACGAAAGAACAACAGAGCUCGGAGCCGUCGAUAAAACCGAUGACGGGCACGAGUGUGAGACGCCUGGAGGACCCGUUCGAGAUGGAAAGAAAAGAGGGCGACCUGCCAGCAACAAUCACAACGGCGCCGACGACGACGACGACAACGACGACGACGACGACGACGACGAUGACAUCGUCGUCCGCGCCGCAACAGAGUUACCACGUUCUCGAGACCGAGGCGCCGUCUCAGGGUAGCGGUACCGCAGGCAGUACCGGAGGCAGCACCACAGGCGGUUAUCACGUCCUGGAAGCGCCGGCGGUGGUACCAGGCUCGGCGCAACGUUCGGCGGCGAGCGAUGUCCUGGAGAAGGCGCGAAACCGCUUCGACAAAUUCUGGGGAAAAGGCAACAAUGGCGCGGAGAAUUAAAAGCUUUUAAACUGACAAGGAAAGCAAGAGGACGGGUCCGAUUCCACGUUUUCCGUCCCGGAAGGGCAGAACGGUCCCUCCCGGGAGAGGAACACUGUCCCGCUGAGUCCCACCAUCGGUUCGUCUGUCCGCGUGCUUUCGUAGCUGCUGUAGCUGCUCGGAAAAUGAAAAUGUAUGUUCGCAUGUAUUGAGAAGGGAGAAGGAAGCGACGAGAGAGAACGAAGCCGAGAUAGUGUCUCUGUGAAAGAACUCUCUCCAUUGAUUGCUGCCGGUAACGCAAGAUCAUCGGAAACUAAAUCUCUCGAGGGUUUCUUUACGUCAGGAUAUUACCGAUUCGAUAAGUAUCGAAAGAGCCGGAGGAUGGCAAAGUCGCGUGCGUCUGCUGAAUAUAAAUCAAGAUAUUUCGGAGAGACUCGAUCGUCGAUCGGAGAUUCAGCCGAAAGAAGAGCGGAUAUAAGUAAAGAAACCAAUUGACACAACUGAGAGAUAUCCCGAAGGUUAAAAUUCAAUUACUCGAUAAUUGAUUUACGCGUUCAUCGACAAACACUAAAAUGCAAAGAGCAUAUAGUCGAGAUGUAAUCAAGACGAUGCUAAAUAUUUGAAAUUAAGCGACGAUCAGAUUCCAAAGCUUUCACGGAGGCACAAACUCGAAAAGGCAAAGAUCAUUAAUGCGAAAGCUUUCCGCCCUUCCCACUCAGAAGACAGAUCGUAGGACAGUAUCCGCGGAUGUCGGCAUCGUUAAGCGAAUCACGAGAAGGGAGAAGUAGUAGUUCCAGGCAAGAGGAUACGCCAGCGUGCAGCAAGGAUCGACGUGAGAAGCUUAUACGACGACGGUGCGUGCAGGUUACGCGUCGGUCUCGUUUCGUAAACUCCGAAAAUUGACUCGAGGAACAUAACCACGUACACACUCGACACACGCUCGAUACACGCUCGAUACACGCUUCACACAUACACACAGAUAAACGAAUGCACGCAAAAGGAUAUACUCGCGUCUUUCCUUUUUCGAAUGAUUGGCGAUUUCAUCGCGAGAUCUCAUAGGCUGCAGAAACAAAAUACAAUUGCAAUUUCGGAAUGCAUACAGUGCGUAAAGAAAGAUCUGCACACCCCAUUUUGCUUUGGAACAAUUUUAUAGGAAACAGGAAAAUAUUACUGCAAGUGUGUUUCUAUCAAAUUGUUUCCGUUUGUACUAGUACAAUGGACAAAGCACGUUGUAGCAACAUUUUUUUUCCUUUGAGUAAAAUUAUCCCAGAGAGGACGGGAUGCGCAAAUAUCCUUUUUACUCCCUGCAUACAUACAGACACACAUACAUGCAACACACACGCACACACACACACACACAUCGCGCGCGCGUAACUCAUCGACACGCGGAUAUAGAGACGGUGUCUAUAGACGAAUACACAUUCACGCGAAAACAUUAACGUUAUAUAGGAUAUUAAAGUGAUUCCGCAUAUGCGGAAUCGGCGUAGUUAAGCCCGAAUUCUUUUUCCAUAAAACUCGAAGCCGAGUAUCGAAUAUCGACAAGUAAAAUAACAAAAAAAAAACAACGGCUUGCCGCUAUAAGUAAAAU